AUGGAUGAUGAAGACGGCCGGUGCUUGCUUGAUGUGAUUUGCGACCCUCAGGCCCUGAACGACUUCCUACAUGGAUCUGAGAAGAUUGACAGUGAUGAUCUCCUGGACAACACAGGAAUGCAGCCAGUGCCUUUUUUUGAAGGUGCUGGCGGUAUUCUGCACGUCCAGGAGCCCUCCGGCAACCACCUGAACGCCGAGCAGAGCCAGCCCGCCACGAGCGUGGACCUCGACUUCCUGGAGGAUGACAUCCUGGGCUCGCCGGCCGGCGGCGCCGCCGCCCUGCCCAACUCGGAGCAGCCCUGCGACAUCCUGCAGCAGAGCCUGCAGGAGGCCAACAUCACGGAGCAGACGCUGGAGGCCGAGGCCGAGCUGGACCUGGGCUCCUUCCAGCUGCCCACGCUGCAGCCCGUGGUGCAGGCCGCCUCCGACGGCACGCCGCAGAUCUUCUCCGGCGGCGCCGACCUGAUCGGGCUGCAGCAGCCCGCCGUCCUGACGCACCAGGCGCUGGUGCAGCAGCCGGUGGGAGCGGACGUGGUGAACAAGGCCAUCAGCGUGCAGCCCUUCCUGCAGCAGGUGGGCCUGGGCAACGUCACCAUCCAGCCCAUCUCCAACCUGCAGGGCCUGCCCAACGGCAGCCCCGGCGGGACGCUGGGCAUCGCGCCCAUCCAGGUGGUGGGGCAGCAGGUGAUGGCCAUCAACCAGCCGGCGCAGCAGAUCAUCGCCAAGCAGGUGCAGCCCUCGCCGGUGGCCGCCAUGCCCGUGGGCAGCUACAUCGCGCAGCCGGCGCCCGAGCAGCAGCAGGUGACGCUGGCCUCCACCGGCGUCUCGCCGCAGAGCGCCGGGCUCGUCAUCCAGAAGAACCUGCCGGCCGUGGCCACCACCACGCUCAACGGCAGCUCCAUGUUCGGCGGCGUGGCCGGCGCCCCGGCCUCGCAGCCCCUCACCGUCACCUCCAACCUGAGCAGCCCCCUGGUGCAGGCCCAGAACGUCAUCAUCCACCGCACGCCCACCCCCAUCCAGCCCAAGCCCGCGGGCGUCCUGCAGCAGAAGCUCUACCAGAUCACCCCCAAGCCCUUCGCCCCCAACAACGCCACCCUGACCAUCCAGAACGAGGCGGCGCUGCAGCAGCAGAAGGCGCAGCAGAACCUCACCUUCAUGGCCGGCAAGGCCGGCCAGAACGUCGUGCUCUCGGGCUUCCCCCAGGGGCUGCCGGCCAACGUCUUCAAGCAGCCCCCGCCGCAGCAGCCGGCGCUCAGCAAGCCCAUGAGCGUGCACCUCCUCAACCAGGGCAGCAGCAUCGUCAUCCCGGCGCAGCACGUGCCGCAGGCGGUGCUGCAGGGCCAGAACCAGUUCCUGCUCCCCGGGCAGCUGGCGGGCGCCUCCGCCGUGCAGCUCCCGCAGCAGCUCUCGGCCCUGCCGGCCAACAUGGGGGGCCAGAUCCUGACCGCCUCGCACCCCAGCGGCCAGGCCCACAUCAUCACCAGCCCGGGGCCCGGCGGGCAGCUGAUCGCCAACCAGGCGCUGCCGGCGCAGAUCCUCACCAACCAGAACAUCGCCGGGCAGCUCAACCUGGGCCAGGUGCUGACCUCGCAGAACGCCCACGGCACCGCUCACAUCCUCUCGGCGCCCAUCCAGCUCCAGCCCGGCCAGGUGGGGCAGCCGGCGCUCUUCCAGAUGCCCGUCUCCCUGGCCGGCGGCCUGACCACGCAGAGCCAGCCGGCGGUGGCCGCCUCGCUGCCCGGCGGCGCCAUCGGCCAGCCGGGCCAGACGGUGAUCCAGGGGGUGACGCUGCCCAGCCAGGUGGCCAUGCUGAACGCCGCCGAGAACCUCGGCCCCGCCGUCAGCAUCCAGCCCUCCGCCGCCGCCGCCAGCAGCCAAAGCCCCGGCCUCGUGCAGCCGCAGCCCGCCUCCGCCGCCGGCCUCCUCCCCGGCGCCGAGCAGUCCUCCAUCCUCACCGUCCAGGCCGCCCCGCAGCCGCCCGCCGCGCCGCCGCCGCUGCAGCUGAGCGUGCAGCCCCCGCCGCCCCCGCCGCCCGCCCCGGCCCAGCCCAGCCCCGGCCUGGCCUCCUCCAGCCCCGAGAAGAUCAUCCUGGGCCAGGCGGCCGCCGGCGCCGUCAUCAGCCAGGACUCCAUGCAGAUGUUCCUGCAGCAGGUGCCGCAGGGGAUCAUCCUGCAGGCGAAGCAGCCCCCCUCCAGCCAGGCCGCCCCGGCGCUGGGCCAGUUCAGCAGCCAGCCCUCCUCCGUGCUGGUCAGCAGCCAGGGGGUGACGGUGACGACCACGCCAGCCCCCGCGCACAGCCACGCGCCCGCCGCCGGCCCGCCGCCCGCCGCAGGUAUCGCCGCCCCAGCGCCCGCCGAGAGCAAAUCCUUCCCCAGCGUUCCCACGCCGAUCCCUGCCGGGAAAGGGGCCGCGGCCCAGGGGAAGCCGGGAGCGUCCCUCGCCAUCCAGCAGCCCGUUCAGGCGAAGCCCGGAGUGAUCAGCUCCGUCUCGGGCCUGAACCUCGGCAAAGGCCCCCUGCAGAUCCAGGUGGUGGGGAAGGGACUGCCGCAGCUCGUGCCCUCGGUCCCCGUGCAGACCCCGCCGCUGUAUGACAGCAAGCUCGGGAGCCUGAAGAAACCUCCCACACUACAGCCCAGCAAAGAGGCUUGCUUCCUGGAGCAGCUGCACAAGCAUCAGGGGGCGGUGCUGCACCCCGACUACAAGACCUCGUUCCGCUCCUUCGAGGACGCGCUGCAGCGGCUCCUGCCCUACCACGUCUACCAGGGGAUGCUGCCCUCCGCUCAAGACUACAGGAAGGUGGACGAGGAGUUCGAGGUGGUGUCUGCCCAGCUGCUGAAGCGCACGCAAGCGAUGCUGAACAAAUACCGCCUGCUGCUGCUGGAGGAGUCUCGGAGAGUCAGCCCUUCGGCGGAGAUGGUGAUGAUCGACCGCAUGUUUAUCCAGGAAGAGAAGACCAUGCUCGCGCUGGAUAAACAACUGGCCAAGGAGAAACCAGACGAGUACGUCUCGUCGUCGUCCCGCUCGCAGAGCCUCUCCUCCUCGGCGGCCCUGGCCUCCGCCUCCGGCGCCGCGCCCGCCUCCGAGAACCCCAAGGCGCCGGCGGCGCAGACGGCCACGCAGAUCAACCCCACCAAGCUGGUCAUCAAGCACAGCGGCGGCUCGCCGUCGGUCACCUGGGCCAAAGCCUCCCCGGCGCUGGACGGCGACGAGGACGCCCUGCCCUCGAGGAGCAAGCCCCCGAUCAAGACGUACGAAGCGCGCAGCCGCAUCGGCCUCAAGCUGAAGAUCAAGCAGGAGGCCGGCCUCAGCAAGGUGGUGCACAACACCGCGCUCGACCCCGUGCACCAGCCGCCGCCGCCGCCGCCCGUCUGCAGGGUGAUCAAAACGGCCGAGCAGCACGCGCCCCCCGCCGCCGCCGCCUCGCAGAUGAACGGCACGGUGGAGCACGUCGCCCCGGCCCCCGCCGAGAAGAAACCCGCCGUCACCUACUGCCGGCUCCCCCUCCGCAAGACCUACCGCGAGAACGUGGACGCCUUCGUGGCCGAGAAGCCCGCCGCCGACGCCUGCCCCAAGGGCGGCGCCCCCAAAGCCGACAAGGUCCCCGGCGCCCUGGUGGUGAAGCAGGAGGACGGCUCGCGGAGCGUCAUCACCUCGCACAAGGCCCCUGCAGCGGCGGCGGAGAAGAGCCGGCCGGAGGAGAGCUCCAAGCUCCUCUUCUUCAGCAGGAGCGACGCCCGCUCCCUCGUGCUGCAGGACGGCGCUGCCCCGCAGAAGAGCGACGACUCGACCAGUGGCCUUAUGAAGGAGCUCGCCGAGGUGGAGGAUGAGUUCUACCGCGGGAUGAUCAAAACGGAGCCCCCCGACCACGGCGCGGGCUCGGAACUCGCCUGGGAGGUGCCGCUGCCCCCGGCCAAGCGCAGGAAGUCGGAGUCCUUCGACGUGGACAACGCCAGCUUCUCCAGCGACAGCCCCCAGGACGACUCCCUCAACGAGCACCUACAGAGCGCCAUCGACAGCAUCCUCAACCUGCAGCAACCUCAGACUGGGGGCCAGAGCACCCGGACGCCCUCCUCCUCCUACAACUCCUCCUCCUCCCCCUUCUCCUCGCCCGUCCACCGCACGGACACGUACCUUGCCCCCAGUCACAACGGCGGCCUUGGAGCGAGGACGUUGAACAGAUAACAGCGAGCGGAGCGGGAGCAGGGCGGCGAGCGAGGACCCACGGAGGAGCUCGUGCCGGCCGCGCGCCGCGGGGCAGCACCGGGGCUGUCCCCCGGAGCCCCCCCCUCGUCCCGGCCAAGGGGAGCGGGGAGCGGAGGGCGCCCCGCCGGCGCUUCCCGGUGUUUAUAGGACGGGGCCCGGCUGUCGGAGCGCACGCGCCGGGGCCGGAGCUACGCCGCUCGCCUCGGCGACGUCACGGCAAGUGUGGAGCGGCCGAGCGCGGGGGGCGGACUGGCGGGGCCCGUAGGUGUUGUUGGCUGUGUAAUUUAGAUUCUGUAACAAAUGGCUAAUCUGA